UAUGAGCGCUUAAAUACUCCCAACAACAACAGAAGUGUCUUGUGGGCCGACACCAAAGGCAGUAUAAUUCUCACCAGCAGCUGGCGCAUGCGUAUUAGCUAUUCUUACUAUUGUAUUCUUUUUUUUCUAGUGAAAAUGGCUGCCUUUCAGCUUUAAACAUCAGCAGCUCAGGGAAAAAAUACUCAUUCCACAAACAGGAAUUAUCACGAUCCUUAAGGAAGCAAAUCUUGUGCGGCUUAAGUAUGGCCAUAUUCCUGCGUAAAUAACAUUAUGCUUUUGGUUUCAAGGAUGGAAGAAAUAUCUGUUUCAUAUUUAACCCUUUACAUUCCGUGAUCCGCGUUCCAGAUGAGAAAAUGAUGCACCAAGUAGCCAGCAACAGCAAUGACUAUGGUCUGGGUAGCAUUGGGGAUGAUGGGCAACACCCGGCCAGUCACUUUGAGUUGUGCAGCUCCCAAUCCAACAAAUUUUACCCCUCUGCCCCACCUCCCUCGCUACAACUGCCACUCCCAAACUUGUCCCCCUUGCCACAGGGCCUGAUUAAGCCCAUGUCUUGCCAGAUGCAAGACUCCCAAAAUGAGUUUCACUCCCAAGCCGUUCGAAUGAGGGGUGCCGAGGCACCAGAGGGCUCCAAGAAAAAGAAGGGCCUUGGAAAGUCUGGACGUCGAGGCAGGCCCUCGGGUACCACUAAGUCCGCAGGCUACAGGACAAGUACUGGACGACCGCCCGGGACCACCAGAGCUGCGGGUUUUAAAACCAGCCCGGGAAGGCCACUGGGCACCACCAAAGCUGCAGGCUACAAGGUGAGCCCAGGUAGGCCCCCAGGCAGCAUCAAGACUCUAGCAAGGCUUAACAAACUGGACUAUGGUGCUUGCAAUGGUGCACCGUUCCCUUACACCAUGAUGCAGAAGAGGGCCUUGUGUGAAGCCACUGUAAAGGAGAAAGACACUAAUGAGUGAAGACAGGCUUUUGUAUUUAUUGCAAGGGAUGUGGGUGCAUGUCCAAAGUAACAGUGAAUUGUAUUUGCACAGCCAAACUCUUGCAAGGAAAAAAAGAAGAUGGAUUUUGAUACUUAAACUCACGUGUAUGUGCCAGUGUUAUUCAGUCGAUCCUUUUGUCUAUCCUUUUUCAAAGACCAUUAGCAUUUCUCGCUUUGACGUAUGUUAUCCUAUUGUACAGACGUGCAUGGCUGUAGUAUUGUGAAAUAAAGUUACAGUAUUGAAACAGAUAUUAAUCUUUUUGGUCCUUAGAAUUUGCUCAUGUGAAAUGUAGAAAGAACCGCAUUUGUAUUGUUAAACAUUGAAUUUAAUCUUUUACUUAAUGCUUUUGAUGUAAAGUUACUGCUUGGAACACACAUGGUCUGUUUUUACUCCAGAUUUUAGGACACAGCGUUUGAUUUUACAUAAGAAUUACCCUGUUCACCUGAUGUGUGUGAAAGUGCUAUGUUUGUAAUGUCUUAGUAGUAUAAUUGCCUUUUUUGUAUUGUUGCUGUUGUAUUUAUGAAUUGUCUGGUGCCCUUUUGAGGAUAAUGUGGUUUUUUGAUAAAAAAAAAAGGUCAAGUCUCAUGUUUCAGUGACAGCAUAACAAUGCCCUUUAAUGGAGCUCUUGUAAACAUAACUGUAUGUUUAUAUCAGCCAAUGUGUUCACUUACACUCUUAAUUAGUCAUGCCGAUCAGUGAUCAAACCUAAAAUACAUGUUGCUACACUUUUUUUUUUUUUGUUAACCACUAAACUAGAACAAGUCAGUUUUGUAUAAUUAAAUACACCUGAUCUGCUAAAAUUAAAAAAAAUUAAAUAAAGUAUCACUGC